AUGGCGUGGCAAGCAACUGGCGCAUGGAAAUCGCCACUCGUUAAUCAACCCAACGAUGACUCAAGCUUCCCUGGGCUCAAACCCACGAGCCCAGAGGCUACCAACAAAAUUGAAUAUGAAGAGCUCCAGCAAAACGAACUGCUGGCCCUAGAAGCCAUCUAUGGAGAAGACUUUGUUCAACAUAACGGCACCCAUAGUGCCUGGCAGAAAGCAGAGCCCUGUUUCGACAUACGAAUCAAAGCAACGACCGACGAAGACUAUGCCGUCACCAUCGGCUUCGUUCUCAAUGCUACUUAUCCCAAGACGCCGCCAAUCAUUACCAUCAAAGAGCAGGGCUUCCUCCGCGAAUCGACACAGUUCAAGAUCCAAAAGUUCAUCGAGACACAGCCCAAGAUAUUUGCCAACGAUGAGCAAGAAAUGGUGGACCAAAUUGUCGAAGGUAUCCGCGAGAUCCUUGAGGAGGCCGCCCAGGCAAAGGCGGCUGGUAAAAACCUGCCUUCGCUUGAAGAAGAGCGUGACCGCCACGAAGCUGAGGCUACUAGAGCUGCCCAACAACAAAAGGAAGAGGAGGAUCGCAAGCAGAUGGAAGCAGCAAAGGAAGAAGAGCGAAUAAUUGCCGAAAUGCUUCAGCAGCAGCUGGAUCGCCAACGUCAAAAGGGAAAAGAAUCUCGCCAGAGUCGUCGACCCAAUGGCGCUCAUCAGCAUCUUACUGCCCAAGCCAACGAAGCUGUUGAAGAUCGCAUUGAUUUCGACCAAUUUUGCAACUCCAUGGACAAAUCUGGUAACCUCAUCACUUUUCGGUCGGUUGCAGCGAAAUGUGAUGAGCGCCGGGGCAAGGUGUCCGUGGUCUAUACCGUCCGCCCGGUUGCAUCUAGCGGAUUCUGCAACCAGACACUUGCACUCAAAGAAGCCACUCUGAGACCUUCCGGGAAAGAUUCUCAAGAUUUCAGAAAGCAACUACAAUCCCUGGAGUCGCGUCUUCAAGACCUGAAAGCGACCAAAAAGAUUGUCCACAGACAAAUCGUCGAGAUUUUGGACUUCAAAGUUGAAGGUGGAAUUCCGUCAGACCCUUCAGCUGCCAACGCUUGGACAGUCAGAAUUCUUAUGCCACUCGCUGAAAAGGGCCCUCUGGAGGAACUACUCGAGCUGGCUGGAAAUCUCGAAGUGAGCAAGGUAAAAUCAUGGACCCGAGAUUUACUUGAUGCACUCAAUUUUCUACAUAAUAAGAACAUUGCGCAUCAGUGUAUCCAUGCUAGAAAUAUUCUGUUAUUUAGAGAACCAACUGGCGAGAUUGUCCCAAAAUUAGCUGAUGCAUGGUAUCAGCGUGAGAUAUACGCGCUUUCCGAGCAGAAGCAAGGCCCUCCUGGCGUCAACUCUGCCAAAUCCGCAUACUGGCUUCCGCCAGAAAUUGCCGCAGCGUCCAAACCCAUCUAUACAUACAAAACUGAUAUUUGGGAGUUUGGUAUUGUCUUUGUGCAGAUGAUCUUCGGACUUGACGUAUUGCGCAAAUACUCGUCACCGAAAAACUUGAUGGAAUCUCUCCUGCUCUCGCAGCCUCUGCAAGAGCUUGUUGGACGCUUUUUCAAAGAAGACAAACAAAAACGCCCGCGAGCGUUUGAACUCGGAUCUAGCGAGUUUCUUGCCACAGACGCCCCGGUUCUUUUUGACGAUUCCUCUGCUGCCAUUUCAACUGUGCCAUCUCUUACUUCUCUACAAGCACCACCCAUGCGCCUACGACGCGACUCACAUAACAGAGGAGCCGCGAUCUCAAGGUAUACGGAAGAUUUUGUAGAAGAGGGUCGGCUCGGAAAGGGAGGCUUUGGCGAGGUUGUCAAAGCCAGAAAGAAACUUGACGGCCAGAUUUAUGCCAUCAAGAAGAUUAGCCAGCGAUCGCACACCUCGUUGACCGAAAUUCUGAAAGAAGUCCGAUUGCUCUCUCAAUUGAGUCACCCUGCGGUAGUCAGAUACUACAAUACUUGGGUCGAAGAGGUCGCCGAUUUUACCGAGACAGAGGGAGAGACAUCAGCGGAUGAUAAUACUCAGGAAACCCAAGAAACCGAGUCCAACGGCCUCGAAAUCCAGUUUGCUACCAGUACUGGAGGGCUAGACUUCAUGUCAUCCAACGCGGCAGUCGAGUUUGAGUAUUCCGAGAGCAGCGACGAAGACGGAGACGAUGAUGACACUGAGCGUGAAGACGACAGCUCUGCCUCUGAUGAUGACGCGCAUAGUCCUGGCUCACCUGUUAGGGCAAGGCAAGCCGCUCAGCUGCGCAGAGCAAGAUUUCAGAAGCCGUACCGAACCAUUCUGUACAUUUCGAUGGAGUACUGUGAGAAAAGAACCCUACGUGAUCUGAUCUCGCGCAAUCUGUUCCAAAAUACGACAGAGAUUUGGCGUUUGUUUCGUCAGGUCUUGGAAGGACUUGCCCAUAUUCAUGGGCUAAGCAUUGUUCAUCGCGACCUGAAACCUGAAAAUAUCUUCAUCAGUAGCAGUGCUGAUGGCAUCGACAAUGUCAAGAUCGGUGACUUUGGUCUCGCCACUAGUGGCCAGUUUACACUCGACAAAAAUACUACUGGGGGACAUUUGGAAACGGAUGACAUGACAAGAAGUAUCGGUACUGCGUACUAUUCCGCACCAGAAGUUCGCUCCGCGGCUCAUGGUCAGUACAGUACCAAAGUCGACAUGUACUCACUGGGAAUCAUCUUCUUUGAGAUGUGCUAUCAACCAAUGAUGGGCAUGCAAAAGGCGGAUGUCAUCGGUCAGCUGCGACGACAAAGGCCCAUCUUACCGAAUGACUUUAAACCUGCAGAGAAGUCGAUGACAGAAAUAAUAACAUCGUUGGUGAACCACAACCCCAAGGAGCGACCGUAUAGUGCAGAGCUACUGAAAAGCGGCAAGCUCCCGGUGCAAAUGGAGAGCGAAACCAUUCGACGAACUCUGGCGGGAUUGGCAGACCCAAGUUCCCCAUACUAUCGCAAAAUGUUGUCAACUUUGUUUACUCGUCCAGUUGAAGCUACCAAAGAUUACGCUUGGGACAUGUUUGUCAAUGCACCGACAGCGUCUGAACUGAUGGCAAGGCACAUGGUUAAGACGGAAUUGACUUCCAUUUUCCGUCGCCACGGCGCAGUCGAAGCAACUCGUGGUGCCAUCUACCCAAGGUCAUCGCAAUACGGAGAUAACGUCGUUCAGCUUCUGGACCAAAAUGGAACGGUGCUACAACUCCCAUAUGAUCUGACGAUGGGUCAUGCACGAAUGCUGGCGAAGAACUCAAGUGGCCCGAUAGUACCAAAGACAUUCGCGUUUGGUAGCGUCUUCCGCGACAAGCAAGAUACAGGACAGCCGCAAAUGUUUGGCGAGGUCGACUUUGAUAUCGUGAGCACGGAUGCUUUGGAUUUAGCACUAAAGGAAGCAGAGGCAUUGAAAGUUAUCGACGAGAUCCUCGUCGCCUUUCCGUCUCUGUCAGCAACGCCUAUGAGCUUUUAUCUUGGUCACUCUGAUCUUCUACAGUUGAUCUAUGAGCACUGCGGUAUCGAGCCGGCUAAUCGCCGUGCGACUUCCGAUGUUCUGAGUCGACUCAACAUUCACAACUUUACGUGGCAGAAAAUUCGAAUGGAACUCCGGUCCCCUGCCGUUGGUCUUUCCGCUACUAGCGUUGAUGAACUUCAGCAGUUUGACUUUAGGGAUACACCUAACAAGACAUACGCCAAGCUGAAGAAGCUGUUUGAGGGCACAGACAUGUAUCAAAGAGUGUCUCCGACUAUCGCGCAUCUGAAGGAAGUGGUCGACUAUGCGAAGCGCUUCGGUGUAAUAACGAAGAUCUAUAUCAGCCCGCUCAAUAGUUUGAAAGAAAGCUUCUACACUGGCGGGCUACUGUUCUCGUGUCUUUACACCAAGAGAGUCAAGGAUGUCUUCGCAGCCGGUGGGCGCUAUGACGGGUUGAUCAGGGAGCAGCGGCCUAAGAUGGGUGGCAAUUUUGACGAGCGUCACGCUGUCGGCUUCAGCAUCGCCUGGGAGCGCCUCGCUCGCACUCCUAAGGCAGGUAGCAAAGCGUUUCUCAAGAAAGCGGACGACGACCCAAACAGCCUGGCCAAUCCCAAGCGCUGCGAUAUCCUCGUCGCAAGCUUUGACCCGGCCAUGCAGCGAUCCUCUGGCGUUGAGCUACUGCAGACCUUGUGGGCGCUAGACAUCAGUGCCGAGCUUGCCAGAGACUCGCGCUCUCCAGAAGACUUGCUGCAAAAGCACAGAGAUGAUAACUACUCAUGGAUCAUUAUCCUUAAACCCGAGUCUAUGCUCAAGAUCAAGUCGCUUUUGCGUAAGGAUGUGGCCGACAUCGACAUUCCCGCUACGCAACUGACCGCUUGGCUGCGCACCGAGCUACAUAAGCGCGAUAUCAAAGGCAGUAGCAGCAGCAACCGCAAGAGCAUCGCCGCCGUCCAAGGCGAGACACCCUCGGCCGCCGCCGAACGAGAACGCGAGCAAGACGUCAAGGUGCUCGUCGCGCAGACGCGCAGCAAAAAGUUUAACCGACGCACCGUCGUCGAGCAAGCCCAAGUCACUGCUGCCGCCCUGGUGACGUCCUUCCUUGACGGGCCCAUCCUCGCGGUCGAGACGUCGGAGCAGGUCAUGACGUUGAUUGGCGGCACGCGGCUGUCGGACCCGGAGAGCUGGCGCCGCGUCGACCACGGCGUGACGACGACGGAGAAGAAGUAUGUGCGCGAGAUUCACGACCAGUUAGACGCGUGGAAGUUUACGUAUGACCGCAAGGACGGGACGCGGCACUCGUUUUUGUAUAAUUUUAGGACGGGCACUUGUCUCUACUACGAUUUGGCGGCGUGA